GUCAGGUACAGUAUACAGCCUCUAUCUGCCUCCCUAUAUCACUAUGACAACAGACCACUCAGGUCUAUAGAGAUAACAUCUGCCUCCCUCCAUCACCAUGACAACAGACCACUCAGGUCUAUAGCGAUAACAUCUGCCUCCCUCCAUCACCAUGACAACAGACCACUCAGGUCUAUAAUAAUAACAUCACCAUGACAACAGACCAUUCAGGUCUAUAAUGACAACAUCAGCCUCCCUCCAUCACCAUGUCAACAGACCAUUCAGGUCUAUAAUGACAACAUCAGCCUCCCUCCAUCACCAUGACAACAGACCAUUCAGGUCUAUAAUGACAACAUCAGCCUCCCUCAAUCACCAUGACAACAGACCUUUCAGGUCUAUAAUGACAACAUCAGCCUCCCUCCAUCACCAUGACAACAGACCAUUCAGGUCUAUAAUGACAACAUCAGCCUCCCUCCAUCACCAUGACAACAGACCAUUCAGGUCUAUAAUGACAACAUCAGCCUCCCUCCAUCACCAUGUCAACAGACCAUUCAGGUCUAUAAUGACACAUCAGCCUCCCUCCAUCACCAUGACAACAGACCAUUCAGGUCUAUAA